AUGGGUGAUGCCCUCCCAGUGAUCGAUCUCGGUGUAGGGCGCACAGCGAAGCGGGUGUCUUCCGCGGCAAACCAUGCUUGUGCUAUCCUGGACGACGACACGCUGAAGUGCUGGGGGCGCGGUCUCGAUGGCGGUCUUGGGUAUGGAGACACCACAAACAGAGGUGACAGCGCUGGCUCGAUGGGUGCUAGCUUGCCGGCAGUGGACCUCGGCACGGGCAAGCUGGCGCAGGAGGUGAUGUGCUGCAAGCCAUCCAACACGUGCGUGAUCCUCACUGACGGCACUGUGAAGUGCUUCGGGAGCAACGUCUAUGGACAGCUGGGUUAUGGAGAUACAACGACUCGUGGCGACUCUCCCACCAGCAUGGGCGACAAUUUACCGGCUGUGGACCUGGGGACGGGAAGGACCGCGCUGCAGAUAGGCUGUGGCUAUGAGGUCCACUGCGCUCUGCUGGACAAUGGCGCCGUGAAGUGUUGGGGUUAUGGACUUUAUGGGCUUUUGGGUCAAGAGACGGAGACGAACGCGGGCAAUUUGGCGAACACAAUGGGCGACUUCCUGCCACCCAUUAAUCUUGGCACCGGUCGGACAGCGACGUCGAUUGGUGUCGCCGGAUACAUGGUCUGCGCCAUCUUGGACAACAGUGAUCUGAAGUGCUGGGGAGAAGGCACGUCGGGCCAGUUGGGGUAUGGUGAUGCAUCGCGGCGAGGGUCAUACGCAAACACCAUGGGGGACUUCUUGCCAGCUGUAGACAUGGGUACAGGCAGGACAGCCACCAAAGUGCGAUGUGGCAACCUCUACUGGGGAUGCGCAGUUCUUGACGACGACAGCGUGAAAUGCUGGGGCACCGGUGGGGCGCAGCAGGGCCAAGGAGACACGUCGCUCCGUGGAAGUUCAAGUAACACAAUGGGAGACUUUCUACCUCCAAUUGAUCUCGGGACGGCCCCUGUGACAGUGACGACCACUACGCUGACAGCAACGACCUCGACCAAGACCAGUGUCACAACCACAGGCACCACUUCGAGUGGUACCAUCACUAGCACCAGCACCUGGACAUCAACAUCCAGCUCAACCAGUAUAUCCGCCACAAGCACCGUUACAUCAUCAACCACCGAAACUUUCAGCAGCACGAGCAGCAGCACAAGCAUCACGAGCACCGACACCACGACUUCCAGCAGCACUACCGUGAGCAGCACCACUUCCAGCAGUGCUACCGCGAGCAGCACCACAACGAGCAGCGCUACCGCCAGCAGCACCACAACGAGCAGCGCUACCGUGAGCAGCACCACAACGAGCAGCGCUACUACGAGCAGCACCACCACAACCAGCACUUCCGCAAGCAGCAGUACAACAGGCAGUGCUACGUUCAGCAGCACCACAACAAGCAGCACGAGCUUGUCCAUAACCACGAGCAGCUCCGUGACCAUCACCUCCAGCAGCAGUAGCAGCAGCAGUAGCAGCAUCAGCGGCACUACGUCCACGACUGUGAGCCAGACAACGACGUCCAGAAGCACCAGCAGCUCCAUUACAAGCAGCUCCAGUACCAGUAGCAGCAGCAGCAGUAGCAGCAGUAGCAGUGUCAGUGGCACUUCAUCCGCCACCUUCACAUCCACAUCCACGAGCCUGUCAUCGACUCGUAGCUCAAGCAGUUCCGCCACAAUCUCCUCAACUGGAACGACGACACCCGAAGGAAAUACCACCACGACCUCGGUCACACCGUUAAACCAAGAGGAGUUCGACAAGCUUGAGCAGCUGCGUGAGGAGCAGGCGCAGGCGGCUGUGGCGUCCCUGGACGCCAGCGAGGAAGAGGCGGUGAACCAGACACUGCAGCUGCUGUCUGCCCUCAUCGCGGACAGCCAGAACUCCACGGAUGGAGUCCUUGCCGAAGCCUCCAUUACCACGGACGCCGGCACGCUGAAGGUGGUGGCGUUGUCUGCCGAGACCAUGUCGAACGGAAGCAACGUGAGCAUUGGGACUGAGGAGGGCACCAGCAUCCUUGUCCCCCAAGCGGUCUUGGCUCAAGCCGCCUCCGUCGCCGGCUCAGGCAUCGUUCUGCUGAGCGUCACCACGCUCUCUGAGAACAUCACGGACAAGAUUCGGAGCGACGAUGCGAGGUUAGGCCGACGCCUGGACACCCAGGGAUCUACGCUGGCUGGCCAGUCCAUCAGCCUUAACUUCCGCGGCGCCGAUGGGGCCAGGCUGGCGAUCAACAACCUCGCAAGCCCCAUGGAGCUGACCCUCGCCGUGAACGAGGAGAACGCCACCUGCGCCUACUUUGACGAGGAGACACUGACCUGGUCCACUGAAGGCGUGGAGACCGUUGGCACCUCCUCGGGGCAGGUCAUCUGCCGCACCUCACACUUGUCCAUUUUCGGAGGAAUUCUGGAGUUCAUCCUCGCUGAUGUGGCCAAGGUCUUGAAGUGCAGCAGUGCCGGAGACCUCCUAAGCGCACAAGGUGUCAGCAAGCUGGCCGAACUCCAGUGGCUUGCCUAUGGCACCUCCGUUGUCGUCUUCGUGUCUCUCUUCAUCUUCUCAUUGGCGUUCUGCUUUGCGGUUCGGCUGGACACCAAGGUGAGCAAGGCCAUACCCUGGGAGCACAAGGAGCCCGUGCUGCUCCGGACGAAGGCGUCCGUCGCCGAAAUUCUCGAGACCGAGGAUGACAAGGCGAGCAAGUCUUGCUGCGACCGCAUGAAGGAGAAUUUGGAGAGUUCCGUGGAGUGGUUUUUGUGGGGAAUUGGCCUUUGCUUCGGCUAUGAAAACUUGGCAGAGGUCGUGAAGGAGUUCCUUCCGAAUGCUCCAGAGUCGACGGUCAAUCGUUGCAUCACCACGAUCCACGCCCACAAGACCGGCACCUCCAGAGAUAGCAUCGACGGUGUCAAGAAGAUGUCCAAGUCCUUUUCUCGAACCAAGUCCCUGUCCACGUCAAAUGUCCUCGAGCCUGCAGAUGAUCCUGUGCCUGAAGACAUGGGAGACAGGAGAUCUACCAGUUUUUCCAAGCGCGCUUUGCCGUCCAGCAUCGUGGGCAAGAUGGACGCGUUUCACUCCAAGCAUAGCGUCGGCUUGCUUGACUACCAGGAGAUCCAGGAACACGGGGCAAAAGCCGUCAAAAGCUUUGUCUCGAGCACCUGGAUGACACGGAUCCUUCUGCUUUUCCCGGCCUUGCACCCGUGGCUGGAGACAGUUCGCUUCAGCCUCUUUACCUCGCACACCACGCGCACCGCGCUGAUCAUCACAAAGUUGACGAGUGCAGCUGCCGUGGGCGCGCUGUUUUUCUCCAGCACCUCUUUUACGUCGAGCUCAGAUCCGGACUGUGCCCCCCCAACCAACCUUCUCUCGCAGAUGAUACAGGCGGCCACUGUGGGUCUGCUCUCCGCCUUUUUUGGGGACACCGUGAUCUUUGUUCUGUUUAUCAUACAGAGUCGCCAGGCGGUUGACAAGAAUGAGUGGAAGCCGCGUGAGAAGGAGCGACUUUUGUGGCGAUGGAGAUGCAAAUCCACCCUGUUUCUCUGCUGCAACCGUCGCGAAGAUCAGUGA